AUGCUAUUUAUUAUCUGUACAUUAGUGUUGCUGAGUCAAACAAAUUCACAAUAUGUGGGCUUGACUGACUUAGCGGUCGAAGAAAAUUCAUCCAAUUCAGAGGAUAACUAUGAGGAGCCAAAUGCACCUAAAACUCCUCCACGUGUUCCAAAGCAACCGUCAUUUGGGUAUAGACCACCCCCGCCACCAAUAAGACGAAAUGCUAAAAGUGCUGGGAAGUGCUCGUUUGAUCAAAACUCGUGGCGUUUCGAACCUCAAACCGCAAUAGCAAACGCGAUUAUGUUUGAUCGUACAACUGGCUAUACUUGCGAGGAAUGCAUUGAAAAAUGUCUAAAAUUCCAGGAUCACAAGUCUGAGUGGAUAUGCCGAUCGUUAACAUAUGAUCAUCGCUGGAAAAUCUGCGAUUUGUUUGCUGUUAAUGGAACAAAUCUACCUCAUUUUCUGACUGAAUAUUCAGAGAGAGAUUAUCUUGAGUACGUACACCAUUUUCAAGGCCAUUCUGUCCAAACUUUACAAUACUUAACGAUCACUGAUACAAACAGCAUUGAAAAAAAUGAUCUGACAGCGUCUUCUGCUGAGAUUAGUCAAAACGAACUUCAUUCUGAACCAGUUUCAGAUUACCAGGCUAUACAUCAAAAAUCAGUUGGCAAAAGCGGUGAAAAUUUUUGCAAAUAUGAUGAUGUAACGCGUUAUGCAACAAUAUUUAAUCAUGAACGGCUGAAUGCAGCGACUGACACACAGAUUGUAAGAGCAAGAAGUAUGAAAUUGUGUGCUGAAGCAUGCGAUCGUGAUGAGACACUUACUUGCUCAUCCGCAAUUCACACAGAUAAAGACUGUGAAUUAUCAGUUUCAAAGGCUGAACAUAAAAACAGAGACGACUUUAUUUUCAAUGAUAAUAGUACAUAUCUUGAAAGAAUAUGUUUACCAAAAAGUAUGGCAGCAGAAACAGAAAAGCUUUGGCCAACAGUUCUGGAUCAUAUUUUAGUUGGUCAUGUCAUGGAAGUAGCCGACUCAUCAUCUCUCGCUGAGUGUAUGACGGCCUGCUUACGAGCUGAACAAGAGCUCUCAUUUGUAUGUCGAUCGGCAAUGUGGUAUCCAAACGAUGCAGAACAAAACUGCUUGCUGAAUGCGGAAAGUCGUGAGACUCGAGCGAACGUAUUUGUAGCAGAAGACCAAGGAGUUCGGAUGUUUUAUUUCGAAGUCCCAAGAGUUCGAAAAUCAAAACAAAAAUUGAACAAUGGUGUUUUCCGGGAUGAUCCAGUUAAAGACGACUACACACGAUGGUCAAAGUGCAACAAAUCCCAUCUGCAGCACCGUUACCUAAAGUGCACAAACCAAACGGAUAUUCGAAAAUGUCUUCAACAAACUAAACCUUGUGAACGAGAGUCUGUACGGUUAACACAGUUAAUGCUAGUCUGUCCGGUAAAUACUGAUUCAGAAUUCCAAGAAAGCAAAUGCAUAGCAGUACGCGAUUCUAAAGGAAACAAGAAGUGUCCACAUGGAGUGCGAAAGACAUCAGGAGGAAAUAAUAAGUACUGCAGAAACCCAAUCGACUGCAAUUUAUAA